AUGAAAGCCACUUUUAUCGUUCUUUCUCUCCUUGCCUUAGCCCAUGCACAUGGCGCCCUGUAUGGACGCGAGCUCGAGGCACACUACAAACGACAAGCAGCUGUUGGCCAGUGCAGCUCCUCUCUUCGAACUCGUCAGGCUUUGCGCAUGGACCGCAUCGAUUCCCGUCGAUCCACAAUCCUCGGUUCGGGAAACUAUCAACGCGGUGACUCCUCGGUUGGCACAAUCUCCAGCUUUGCCGACGUUCCUUCCGGAAGUCUUCCUCAGUCCUUGUCGGCUUCGGGCACAGUUCUUUCCAAUGGUCCCGGUGCCGGGUCCGCCAUGCCGAGUGCCAUAGGCGGGAACAUGACGGCAGGUGGUGGUGCCGGCGGGAUGGGCGGCAGUGCGGAGACGACAUACUCCCCAACCGGCACUGUCUAUAGCACGUUCAAUUCCACUCUUACGCUUCCCUUCGCUUCAGCUAUCGCCACAGCUGCGCCAGCUUCAGCCACAACCCAGGCUUCGGAUGGUGCAUAUGCCCUCAGCCCGAUCCAGGAGGAAGGGCCGUAUUACAUCCCUGGGGAGUUGAUUCGCAGCGAUGUGGUGGAGAACCAGACCGGUGUGCCCUUCUACAUCGAAUUCUCAGUCAUUGAUAUCAACACCUGCGAGCCUCUUGUGGGUGCUGCGGUUGAUAUCUGGAGCUGCAAUGCCACGGGAGACUAUUCUGGUUUCUCGGAAUCUGCGGCGACUUCCACUGGUCCUGUUGGAAACAACUCCAGUGCGUCCACCGAUACUUCCAACGAGCCUUUCAGCGGAGAGCUCCUCCACGUCGGCGAUCAGAACGAUGCUGGCUCGACAAUCUUAGAUUCGGAAACCUUCCUUCGUGGCAUGCAGAUUACGGACGGUGAUGGUAAUGCUUACUUCACCACCAUUGUACCAGGCUGGUAUUCGGGCCGAGCGCCACACAUCCACAUGAGAGUCCACGUUGGUGGAAACCUGACAACAAACGGUACCUAUGUCGGCGGGAAUUUGACGCAUACCGGUCAAACAUUCUUUGGUGAGGAUCUUUAUGCGCAGAUCCAGAAUCUCUAUCCAUACACCGAGGACCAUGCCGUGCGCACGACCAAUGAUGAAGAUCGUCCCUGGACCCAGCAAAACGGGACAUAUGCUGCCUGGAAUCUCUUUUACGUGGUGGAUGGUGACGUCAAGUCAGGUCUGAUUGGUGUUCUCAACCUUGCAGUGGACUCUACUGCUACGGAUCAAGAAGGUGUUGUUGUUAGUGGCGGCAACAUGUAA